UGUGAAACCUACCUGCUGUAAUUCAGUUAUAACAGCGCUAUCGUCAUCAAAGGUAUUCAUGACGUAGAUGUCCCAAGUCAAUAUUUAGCCUAUACGGUGUGUUUCCCGCAUUUACCAACUUGUCGGCAAAAUAAGGAAGUCUUCGAAUUUUCCUUUGAUCUUGAGAAGAAGGAAACUGAAGCCUGCAUGUCAAUCAGUCUAUUUGCCAUGCCCUUCUCACUACGACAAGGCAAGUGGAAUCAUCUCGAGGGACCUGGGUGCUUUGUUUGUCGCGUAUCCUGGGACCAGGUAGGUGAGAACAGCAGUGUGACAGACCAUGAAGUUAUUCUCAAAUCCAAAGUAGAAGCGAGCAAAUGUGACAGUAGUCUCUGAGCUGAAAUCACUCUUUGGCAAUGCCCAGUGGUCAACAACAGUGAAUUGGGUGCUUUGAUGUGGCAUGUGAGGUUGGUGACCAGUGUGGACAUGUCUUACCGGCUGGAAUGGGUGAGGAGCCUGGUUUUGUGAAGAUUUGACCCACAGGUGUGAACCCAUGGCUUACCUGGCCCAUACAGCCCAUCCACAGCUCGUUGGACUAUGGCUGGGCAGCAUAGGAUGGAUCCUCACCAUGGUGACCAUCGGAAUGGUCCAGUGGCGUUUGUGGGUGGUGGCGGACAUGAGUGUCGUCUCGUCUGGGCUGGCGUGGGUGGGCAUCUGGAGGGUCUGCUUCUACAGCCACACGGUGGUGACUUCGCAGCGUGGCCCCCUGUACUGCCAGAAGAUGGACAUCUCGGACCGUUUCAUUCCCAAGGAGAUCGCCGUGGCGCAGGUCCUGAUGCUGCUGGCCCUCGUGCUGGGACUCUUGGCGAACGCCAGCACGCUCUACGGCCUGAGGAACGUCUUCUUCGGCCUGGACGAGCGCAGGCCCAUCCGAGUGGCCUUCACGGCAGGUGGCCUCCUGCAUCUGCUGUCCAGCUUGUGCUCUCUUUUGCCUCUCUCCCUUAACCUGCAUGCCGUGGCCACCAAUCAGAACAUCAGCUUUCCGGAGAACUUUCACAUGCCUCCCACACCCUUGCAGCAGUACGUCGGAGUCGCCAUCAGGGUGGGCAUCAGCGCGGCUGUCCUGACCAUCGUCAGUGGGGUCAUGUUCCUCUGCUAUCAGUUCCCGGUCAGAGCGCACGCCAGGGUGGAGCCCUCGUGGGCAGAAGAAAGUAGCUCCAACGAUCCCUCUGCUGGACGGCCUCACUAUUUCAGACCGUACCUGGCGUGCCGGGACAACCCAGCCUUCCAGUCUCAGGAACAUGUCUAGUAGUACGGACCACCAGGAAAGAGGCAGAGGUAUCAAAAGAUUUACAAUGCAUCAUCUGUUUUAAUGCUUUGCAGGAAAAAAACAGAAACUGUCGUCUAAAAGGAGACACUUCUGGUAAUUGUUUUGAUGAAAUUUGUGCACUUUGAGACAUUUUAGAGAAAAUAGUUUUGCACAGAGCUUGUGGUAUGCUUAUCUGUAGAACACCUUGAAUGUAAACCUGCUCCUCAACCAAAGACUGAAUUGAGAUAUGUUAGUGAGAGCACUUUGAAUGCUUUGAAUGCCUUACUACAUGAAUGUGCAGCAUGACUGUAAAGCCACACAGAUAAUGCACUGUGUUUACAAGUUUCCUGCUCAAUGGCCUGACCUCUGUGGACCUGCAGCUGUUUGGGAAGUGGCAUACACACUUCCCUCCCCCCUACACUUUUUCAGUAGUCACUGUCAUGCAUUCCUUUUCUCAGUGGACUCAUGGGUGGGUAAUCAAAUUGACCGUUUGUUUAUGUCCAACUGUCCUUUUUCAUACCUAUAGUGUAUUCCUACUGGAAAGCCAAUUCAUAUGUUAGAUCAGUGUUUCUUAACUGGUGGGUCAGGACCCAAAAGUGGGCCGCGGAACCGUUCUGGGUGGGUUGCGGAGCUUGUUGCUAAAAAAUAGAUCUAAUGUUGAAAUGUUUGAGAAACAUUGUAUGCCAGUCGUUGCCAUGGAUAAAGACAAUGUCUGUGUGACAGGUCAUGUUAGACAUCAUUUUGGUAAAUAUUUGAAGUAUGAAUUUACUUAUGUUGAGGACAACAAGUGACAGAAACCCCAGUGUCUGGUGUGUAUUGCUGGCACAUGAGAGCAUUAAGCAUCAAAACUAAAGCGCCACAUGGAAACAAAGCACCCUACUGUCAAAAACAAACCUGUCGAAUCCUUUGAAAGGCUACACAUGAGUUGAGGACACAAAUAUGCCCAACAUGGCAUGUUCCAAACAAGUACAGGUCUUACCUCACCGAAUCAGUUGGUUACAAGGCUAAAAUAUCGGUCGCGACGUAAUGAUCAUGGGAAAUUAAGGGUCUCAAGGCCAGACCAGUUAAGAAACACUGUGUUAGACUACAGUACAUGUGGAUAGUUAUUAUUAUGCAUUGGUCAUGAUCCAUAAAUAUGUUGUAUUAAAAUCUACCCUACACCCAGAGUAUCAAUAUAUGUUUGUUUCUUUCAAGCAUGUGGACACACUGUUUAUAUGUAAGACUGACAUCUCAUUACAAUGCUGUUAAGUUACAGUAUGCGUCUUCUUGUGGUUUGCAUACUUAUCAUUAGUCGCCUUUACAUGUAAAUACACAUCAAACACACUUAUAUGGAUACUUGUAUGGCACUAUAUUUCUUCAGUGUCAUUAAGGUAUUUUUUCGAAUUCUAAAGGAACUGAA